AGCAGCUCACCGUCAGUCGCGAGCCAGGCGCGAGACGCGAAGGCCAACGUAGAACGCGCGUGUCAUGGUCUUCCUCUUAUAUAAGAGUGCCGUUGUGCCACGGAAUUACACAGACAGUGUCAGUGCGUUCGUUCAUCGCGGAGUGAGCACUCGCACUCGCGCGCUAAAUAAACGCUCUCCGAUGUAUCGUGUAAUCUCUCGCGACUAAUUCGACGUCCAAUUUACAAAAUUAACUUUAAAAUAAAUAUAAUAGUGUAAAGUGCGAUGGACAACUGAUUUUCCUUAAAUUUGUGUCAAAUACAUAAACUCGAUAAGGAGGGAUUGCUUCAUAGAAAAACGUUUUACAAGCGCCAUCGGAUCGAUUGAGAUAUUAUGCGAUGACGUGUCGUUGCAAUACCAUUUGAAUCGCAUUACCUGCGAUACCGCUAAACUGUUUCUUGAGAUAACAAGUUAACCUGUCCCGUUAUCGUGUCAUAUUACACAAUUCUCGAGACCAUUAACUCACGUUGAGAACGCCGUAAAAAAUGGGUGGCAGCGGACACAAUAGAAGCAUCUUUACAUACGACACGUUGGUGCACGCGAUAUCCGGUGCAGCGGGUAGCGUCGUCGCAAUGGCAGCCUUUUAUCCUUUAGAUACCGUUCGAAGCCGUUUACAAUUGGAAGAAGGACGCCAAGCAAAAAACACAUUGGCAAUCAUACGAGAGCUCAUUGCGAAAGAAGGAUCGUAUACGCUGUACAGAGGUAUCGUUCCUGUUCUGCAAAGCUUAUGCGCGAGUAACUUUAUUUAUUUCUACACAUUCCACGGCUUGAAAGAACUAAGAAGCAAAAGGAAUCAAACAGCUGGUGGCGACUUGCUUAUUGCAUCAAUCGCUGGUGUUAUCAAUGUCCUCACUACGACACCCCUGUGGGUUGUAAACACAAGAUUGAAGAUGAGAGGUAUUGGACUCCCUUCAGAAAGAAAUAACAACGAAUAUACUACGCUGUACGAUGGUCUCCUACACAUAUGGAAGUACGAAGGUUUGAGACAAUUGUGGGCGGGCACGAUGCCGAGUCUUAUGCUUGUCGCGAAUCCGGCUAUCCAAUUCAUGACAUAUGAAAGCAUUAAAAGAAGGAUCAUCGCAUCCCUUGGCGGUGCUCAACCACCGGCAUGGAUGUUCUUCGUUAUAGGAGCGGCAGCGAAAACGGUUGCCACAUGGAUGACAUAUCCUUUGCAGCUUGUGCAAACAAAGUUGAGGCAUGGGGACAGAUAUCCUAAUCUACCUCCAGAUGCAGGCACGUUGCAAAUACUAUUUUACAUUCUCAACAUGGAUGUCGAUACAGCGAGUGAUAAUACGUCCAUCGAUGACAAGAUAGACGACUUUUGCGAAAAUCCUACGCGAGAUGCGUUAACGGAGGGUCUCAUGAGCCUCCUGAAACCUACAGUGGACCAGCUGGAUGACAGAAUUCGCGCUACGAGGAUAUGCCAAAUUGAGCUGAAGCAACGGAUUGAGACCUUAACGGAGGAACUUCAGAGGAUCAACGAAGCACUGCAGUAUCCGCUAGACACAGACUCCUAUGUAAAAAAACUUGUUAACGCUAAGCAUAAGAUCACCAUUGUUAGCAACAUCUUGCAGACCACUCAAGAGCGCUUGAACAAGGUGCAUCAAGCUGUCGAGAAGAGCACUGCCAAACGAAAGACGCUCUUAGAUAAUAGUUCCACAUAUAGCAGCGUAACUGUUGACAAAGAAGAGUCAGCUAAAGCGGAGACUGAUAAGCAGCAAUAAUUUCUUAUAUUAAUUGUGUAAUUGAUAAGAUAUCAUGACCAAAUUGUUACUGAAAGAUUAUUUAUACUUUAUAUAAGUUUUAUAUAAGAACUUAUUACA